CUGAGAGGGGCGCGCAGCGGAGCUCUCAGACCCCGUACCCCGAGGCCCAGACCCCUAGGAGCGCGGGACUCACUGAGUUCCCCCACCCUGAGCGGCAGAAUCGGGGAGGGUGUCGGUGCGGAGAGCCCAGGAGGUCCCGGCCUAUAGCCGUGGGCUGUGAGAGGCGCAGCUGGGGGGGCACCGCUCUUCUCCCGGGUCCUGGCGCUGGGGACAGGGAGGCAAAACCUUGGCCAGGAAAUCGGCUCAAGCCAGGAAGCCCCUCUGGGAGCCUCUCCCGAGCCAUGGACAACCCCAGUCUUCCAGAUCUCCAACAGCCUCUGCUGGUGGGUGUAGGCGGUGAGCCCCCUGUCCAGAAGCCUGGUGAGCCUGAGCCAGGGCCUCCCUUUCGAGAGACAGCCUUUGCAGAAUCACUGAGGGGUUGGCAGUUCCUGCCACCAUCUCUUCCUUCUGUGAGUGCUGUACUGGGGGAGCCAGGGCUCCCCGACCUUGAGGAUGUGUCAUCCAGUGACAGUGACUCGGACUGGGAUGGGGGCGCUCUCUCCCCACUCCUACCCCACGACCACCUUGGCUUGGCUCUCUUCUCCAUGCUGUGCUGUUUCUGGCCCGUGGGCAUUGCUGCCUUCUGCCUGGCCCAGAAGACCAACAAGGCUUGGGCCAAGGGGGACGUCCAGGGGGCAGGGGCCGCCUCCCGCCGCGCCUUCCUGCUGGGGGUCCUGGCCGUCGGGCUGGGCGUGUGCACGUACGCGGCCGCCCUGGUUACCCUGGCCGCCUACCUCGCCUCCCGGGACCCGCCCUAGUUGCCCCUGCGGUCCCCACUGUGAACCCAGGGGCCGGCCGCCCAGCGCGUCCGCGGUCGGAGUGGAGAAUCCAGGUGGAUGAGGCGGCGGCGGCUGCGGCGGCAGCAACGUCCAAAAACGGGGAGUGAGUCGGUUCUCCCCCUCCCCCGCACCCCCCUUCCUGGAGGCCGCAAACAGCGA